UCUUACCUCGAGAUUCUGAUAAAGGAAAAGGAGGAAAAUGAAAAGAUCCUCUGUUCUUCGGUCGAGGGGAACAGGUCACGCCCCCUACCGACGUCCUCCACUUGUUCGCUUUUUUAAACUUCGUCUAUCCAUUUUGUUAAUUCCCGGUGGUUUUUCUUCGUGGAAUCCGUGUGCUUGGAGAAAUUAUAUGUGGUCUAACUGUGGAAAAUUUUCCCUUGUGCUCAAUAAGGAAGCCAAGGACUUGACUGGUUCAAGUUUUCCCAUUGGUAAAAAUGGCUGUCCUCAGGAUCCUUUAGAUAUUUCUUCAUCAUCAUCAUCAUCAUCGUCAUCAUCUUCAGAUGAUGACACAGACAAUGAAAAAAACCUGUCUACCGAAGAUGCAUCUAAUCAAUUAGUCCUUUAUGAUCCUGUGGCAAAUGGUGCUCGGGCAAUUGAACUUGCUGCUAAUCCUCUUCAGUAUGAAUUUCCAUUACAUCCAAUAAGCAAACCUCAAAAUUCAAUUCCUAGGGUUCUGCCAUCAGUAGGGGCUUUCACUGUACAAUGUGCAAACUGUUUUAAAUGGAGGUUGAUCCCAACGCAGGAAAAGUACCAAGAAAUACGCGAACAUAUUCUUGAGCGGCCUUUUAGUUGUGAAACUGCCCGUGAAUGGCGACCUAAUGUAUCUUGUGAUGAUCCAGAAGAUAUUUCUCAGGAUGGCAGCAGGCUCUGGGCUAUUGAUAAGCCAAGUAUUGCACAGCCUCCUCCUGGAUGGCAACGACUUCUAAGGAUCAGAGGAGAAGGAAGCACCAAAUUUGCAGACGUAUACUAUGUAGCACCAUCAGGCAAGAAACUCCGCUCAACAGUAGAGAUCCAGAAGUACUUGAUGCAACAUCCAGAGUAUGAAAGAGAUGGAUUAAGUCUCUCACGAUUUUCAUUUCAAAUACCAAAGCCAUUGCGAGAUGACUAUGUGAGGAAGCGCUCUGCUCGAAUUGCUGCUCCAUAUAAAGGCAAUGGACCUGCCUCAGCAGAGCCAGUGAAUCCUCUGCCUUUAUCUUGGGUGGGCCCGGCAGAUGACUGUACAGAAUUGCACGAUGGUAGGACAGCGGUUCCAGCACCAUCCCUGGAUUCCUUUGCUGUUGACCCUUUCAGCCGUCCUGCGAAAAAACAAGCAACUCAGAGCUCCUUUGAGUGAGCAGUCCAAUAGCAAGGCAAGCUUUAUCAGAAGUUAAAGCAGGGAAGUUUCUGAUCUGAUUUCAUGUUAGUAAAUAGUUAUUUACCCUUUUGGUUGGGCCAGUUAUUGAUGCUGGGGUUGCGAGGACACCGGAUUAUAUGGCUUGUGUCUUCUUUAUUAUCUGCCAUUUGGAACCCACUAGUGUUGAGAGUGAAAUGUCAGAGAGGUAAAAAGGAAUAUGCAGAUAUAGUUGCGGAUAACAUGUGUACUCUUUGUGGGAUGGUACUUGGCUAAAAUGGAAAAAGAUGAUGCCGAACAGUGGUUGUUCAGUUUGGAUUGUAAGCUAAGCAUGUUUAAUCAUGCCGAAAACAAUGUAUAAAAAGUAUAUGUUAUAUUACGCA